GUAUUAAUAUGUGGUUUCUGCUAAGGAUCUUGUACUGCAAUCAAAUAAACAGAAUUGAACUAAAUAACUUUUUUUAUUAAUUUUUAACCUAUUUCAGUUAUUUAUUCAGUAAUUAUGAUGAAUAAUGCUGGAUUCAUUUCAGAUUGAAAUAAAAUAUCUAUGCACCCCGUUGUAUAGUAAAAAAAAAAUAAUAAUUGUGACCUUGCGUGCAUUUGUUAUAUGAACCUAAAACAAUUAACAAUUAUUAUGAUUGGUUGACAAAUAACCAAUCGCAGCACGUAGCAACAUAAUAUAAACGUUUGAUCAUCCUCGGUUCACUCAUUAUUCCAAAUUGCACUUAUUAUCUCAGUGACAUUCAAUGAAAUUGAUUUCAAUGAUUACAAAUAUUCAAUUAUUAUCUGUCCUAUGCUUAUUAACUUAUGUGAAUGCAGGUUUGUUACAAAAAUCAAAUGAAGGUAUUACAGAUGAAAUUUCAUCCGCCGAAAAGAUUGAUGCUGGACAAGAAGUAGAGCCGUCAAUCGUUUCUGAUGUUGUUUCAGAAAGUGUGGAUAGUUUGAAUGAAACUGCAAAUGUAGACAGUCAUAAAGAAGGAACUUCUAACUUGAAUUCAACUGAGCCGAUUGUAGUGGCUAACGUUGCUAACACUGAAACUGUCGUUGACUUAGCUUCAAAUCCUUCAGAAUCUACGAUGGGAAAUUCUGACAACAAUUCAGAUAGCACUGACAACUCAGAUGUUUUUUCUACUCUGACGGCAGAAACUGAUACUACUCAGAACAAUAUUGUUGUUCCAAUAAUUUCAGAGGGUUUAGAAAAUCAUACAGAAAGUACUUCAACAGUGACAAGUGGUGAAAAUCAUACAGAAAGCACUUUUACUGUGACAAGUGAUGAAAAUCUUACAGACAAUGUUCAUACAGAAACAGUUAUAUCCGAUUCAACUUCAGAAAAUCUUGAUAACCAUACAGAAGCCCCUAAAGACGCUGAUGUACUUCCUCCUUUGAUAGUAGCCGUUGGUGAUCUUUGUAAAGAGUUUGGUAUUUACAUGGACGCACAGUCGACUAGUUUAACAUCAGAAGACUUAGAAAAUCAGACAGAAAGCGCUGAUAACUCAGAAAUAACCCCUAAUACAGUGGUCCAUAACGCUGAAGAAAAUCGUACUGAUGACUCUCACUUAAAGUCAACUUCAGAAAGUGUUGAUAUUCGAUCACAAACUCCCAUAGAAACAGCUAAAUAUCCUUCUUCUUUGAUGAAACUAAUUGACAACCUUUGCAAGGUGUUCAUUAGCAUAAAUGAAAUUGUCCCUGAUACAACAAAAGAACCUAGCGAAAUCAUCACAACAACUGAGAUAAACAAUGUCACUGAGUCAGAAACCAAGUCUACUGACAACAAAACACAAAGUGUUUCCGAUAUUUGCAUAAAUACUAAAAGUGCAAAUGAAACAGGCUCAACAACUGAACAACCAAGUACUACCGGCGCAGUAUUGCAUCAUUUAGAUAUUUCUACAAUAAAGAGUAAGAAGUGUAAAGCGAAGAACUCAGAUGAAAAUGACUGUGAAACCGAUUCGGAAACUGAUGAUGCCUCAGAAGGAGCCGAUAGUGAUCGUGAUAGUAGUGAUGAAAGUGACGAUGAUAAUGAAUGAAAUUGAUGAAAUUGUGCUGAUAUUAAACACAAUCCCUGGUGUACCAACAGAUGAUUUUACAUUUAUUAAAUACAGAACAAAAACAAUAAUGAAUUAGUGUAUUAAUCCUUUAAAUUCUGCUUAAAUUUUACAAUUUAAACAUUGAAACAAAUUCUGUCAACUGAUUGAAAAAGAUCAAUGUAACAUUUAGUCAUUAUGUACUACAUUUUAUCUCUUCACAAUAUAUAUACAUAUUUGGUACUGGCUGAAAUAUAAAUCAUUCUUAAAUU